AUGGCGUCCGCCGACCCGCUGCUCACAACGCUCUGCAGCGUCUGCCGCACAAACCCGCCGCGCUACAAGUGCCCGCGCUGCAACCUCCCGUACUGCUCCGUCCCGUGCAACCGCCGGCAUCGCGCCCGUGCUGGCUGCAGCGGCAUCCGCGACGUCACCACAUUUGUGCCGCGGGCACGGCUCUGCACGGCCGCGGGCAUCGACCGCGACUACAACUUCCUGCAGGGCAUCGACGUCGCCCGCAACAGCGCCGUCAAGCACGUCGUCGACGAGCGGCGCGUGCUGCGGGCGAACGAUGUGCGGGCGCGCGUGCUCAACGAAGACGGCACGGCCGGCGACAACAACAACAACAACAACAAGACGUCCCACGGCAAGAAGGGCCACCGGACGCAGCACAGUGGACCGGCACUCGUGAAGCAGUGGGACGGCGAGGAGGUGGUCUACCUGCCGGCGCGGCCACGACUGACGGGUGCGGCAGCAGCUGCGGCGGCUGCGGCUGCGGCUGCAACACAACACGACGACAGCGACGACGAUGCCGACGACGACAAUGCCGACGACGACGACGACAAUGACGAUACGGCAGCGAAACCAAACGCAUCAGCCGCACCACGCAUACCCGUCUACGAAGCCGCCACGAGCCACCGCGUGCGUAGCAUGUGCCGCCGCGACGGCAUUGCGCUGCUGGGCGCCCCGCGCGGGUUUGCACGGCAGCGGGAAAACCACACAACGGUGGCGACGGCAACAGCGACAAGCAAAGACGGCGGACGCGUGACCCAGGUGCACCUGCACUGGCAGGUGGAGUGGCUGGUGUACACGAGCAGCGAGGCGGCACCACCAACGCGGGUGCUGCGGCGCGUGCUCGACGACCUGCCCUUGUACCGGGCGUAUGCUGCCCUCCAGACGGCAGAACGGAAGAAACAAGAGAAACUGGGCGGGGGGUUGGUGAGCGAGAUUGGCGGGGUCGAGGAGGCGGAGGACAGCGGCGACGGCGACGACAACGACACCAUGGACACCCGCGGCGACGGCGAGGCGGCUGGUCCGUCUCCCUCCAAGAAACAGACGAAACAACAGAAGCAGCAACAGCAACAGCAACAGCAAACCAAGACGUCUGCACCGGCACCAACAGCCCCAUUCCACAACUCCUUCUUCUACCGAUGCGAUGUGCAGAUCCCAGCAACCGCAUCGUGGAGCACGCGCACACUCCAGAGCGGCACCGACGCAGAGCCCCGCGACGACCCAGCACAGCGCGCCGCCCGGACCAGUUUCCGCUACUAUCUGCUGCGACCGCGCGUCUCGGGCGUCGCCCACCACGCCCAGGCCAAGGAAUUGAUCCCGCUCGACGCGACGGACACGCUGGCCACGGCGCUGCCCGGUCGCUCCGUCCUCGAGUUCCCGACAAUCUACGUGCUGCCAAAGAACGGCGCCGUGCGUUUGCCUCCUGGCCAUGUCCUGGGUUCGACGGAACGGCGGCCGCGUGCUGCUCCAUCGCCGCCGCCGCCACCCCACGCCGGGCGGCACGGCAAGACGCCCAAUGGACGUCUCAAGCGGCGGCAGAACGGCGGUGGCUCGGACACGCUUGCGGCAAAGAAACGAAAGACGGCCGAAGCGGAGGACGGCGCCGGCGACGAAACCGGAUCUGCUGCGGCUGCCCCCGCGGCUGCCGAGCUCGAGAGCGAGACCAGCAGUAGCGGGUCAGACAGCAGCGACGAGGAGGACGAGAGUGCAGAGGAGGAGGAGGAGGCGGCGGCCGGCAGCCUCCCGGACCUGCUCCACGGCCUCGGCAGCGCAGGCUCGUUGCCGUCGGACGGAAAACCCAAGUUGGUUGUCUACGACUCGUGGUCUGAAGGAUCAGACGAAGAAUAG